AUGAUUUUUUUUUUUUUGAAUAAGAAGCAGAAGUUCUAAACCUAGGUCCACAUGGGCCCCUCUGACAGAUUUGACGUCUCCGUCAGUCUUCUUCUUCUCCGGACUGUGCUGUAAUCCUACGCCCAUCACUUCUUCUUCAAGCUUUUUAGGUCAGGUUAGGGUUAGGGUUUCUCAACAAGUCAAACUAUUUUCUGACAGUUUGAUUUGAAUCGGGGUAGGCAGGAAAAUCAAUGAAAGAUAGAUUUUUUGUUUAUAAUCCUGAAAAUGGAUUAGAAGCAUUCGUUUUUAACAAUCGGAUCGCUUUUGGGGAGGGGCGAGCUUCCAGUUUAAAGCUGUAGCUGUUUAAGUACCAUCUUUUCAGCUGCAUUGAUUUUUAUUGCCAAAUCUGUCAGAAGAUGAAGAAAUCUGAAGUACCCUUUCAUGCAUUGCAGACUUGUAAUGGAUAUACAGCUUGUUUAAAUCAAUUUCAGAAUGUUUAUGGAAAGUGCAUCUAGCCAGUCAUUUGAUUCGGAAGAAGGCGAACAGUGUUUGCAAAUCGAAAGCUACUGUGGACACAUACUGGCCGAUGAUGAGAUUGCAGAACAUGUUGAGUUAUGUGCAAAUGGAGUUAAAAGAAGUGUUGACCAGUCUGAAGAAAGUUUGCCAAUGACAGGCAAUGCUGUAGAGCCAUACGUUGACAUGGAGUUCAAAUCAAGGGAUGAUGCUCGAGAAUUUUUUAUUGUUUAUGGAAGGCAUACUGGAUUUACUGUACGCAUUCACCAUAACAGGCGGUCACGGAUAAAUAACAUGGUGAUAGGUCAGGAUUUUGUUUGUUCGAAAGAAGGUUUUCGUGAAAAGAAAUAUGCAUGCAGGAAUGAUAGAGUUCUUCCUCCACCACCUAUUACCAGAGAAGGAUGUCCUGUGAUGCUGAGGGUGGCUUUAAGAGAUGGAGAUAAGUGGGUUGUUACCAAAUUUAUAAAAAAGCACAAUCACACAUUAAUGUCUCCAAGUAAAGUUCCAUGGCGAGGGUCUAACAAACAUAUGAUCACUGAGGAUGAAAAGGAUCGGAGAAUACGUGAACUGACACUUGAACUAAGCAAUGAAAGACAGCGAUGUAAACGAAGAUGUGCAGUUUACAAAGAACAAUUGCAUAUGAUUUUGAAAGACAUAGAGCAGCAUACUGAUCACUUGUCCAAAAGAGUUCAAGAUAUUGUUCAAAACAUAAAGGAGCUUGAGAAUGAAGAUUCAGAAUUUUAGUUUUCUGUCUACAUUUUUUAUUUGACUUUUGAUUCUAUAUUAAAAGUUCGCGAUACUAAUUUAGUCAGGCGAAGACUCCAAGACUGAGGGUUCCAUGUUCUCUGGUAUCAUAUGAGCUAUACAUGUUAAUUGUUAGGUGUUAUGAGCUCUCAACCAAGAAUAUAAAUCUAAU